UUCAAAAUUCAAAAGCCAAGUCCAGCCGCGCAAAUGUCGGGCGCCCGAGCCAAGCCUGCGAUUGGGAGACACUUUGGAACGGUCGUGCGCAACGACGUUCGUCGCGAUUCCAACGGCUUCGAGGACAUCGACGACUUCUGGGACGAUGACACCUCGUCGGCUGCGAACGAUUCUACCACUGAUAUUGAACGUUCGCGUGAUGCUUUCGAGUUUUCCAGUCGUGCGACGAAAUCGUCGGGCACGAAACCUGUCCUUCGUACACCCAAGAAGGGGGCCGACCUGACACCCAAAGUCAACCGCAAUUCCGACGGAUUCGAAGAUAUCCAUGAUUUCUGGGCUGAGGCUCGCGCGUCUGCUAAUGAAUUAUCCCCAACUGCUGGACAUACGAAUGACAGUGUUGAACUCGGCGGCACUGAUCUAGACGCCUCCGGUAUUACUCUCCAGCCCGCAAAAGCAGUCCCUCCGCUGUCCGCAAAGAAGCAUAAACAUCUCAAUCGUCGCCAGAGACGGCACACUUUAGACGGCGCCCCUCAACCCACGAACGAAGGGAUCAACGACAAAGAACAACAAGCGGCCUCCCAACCGCCUCCGUCGAGCACAGCCAUCACCCCACCAUUUGCAAGACGCCCCAAAUUCCCUAGCUCAUCCAUAACAGCUUCCGUCAUCAUUCCUACUUCGACUACUCAACCCAUGGAAAGCAUUCCAACUAAGCACGAACCAUCUCCUCAAACGCCGUUGAGGCAACGAGAGGACAGCGACGUGUAUUCGUUCAGCAACAUGUCAUCUCCUGCAUCGACAGUGAAGAGCACUGAUUCCAACUCCCCCCAGACGAGCUUCAUGGUGUCACCAACGCUCACGCCUCUUCGACGAGAGCAUCGCAAUGUCCUGUCUACACCGUCGCCAACACCAACAGAGAUUCGAGCGAUGACGCCGCUGUCCCCUGGUCGUGCCAACGAUGUGGACCACUCCAUGGUGGCGUCGGAACAAGACGAGUCGCGUCUAGAUGAUGCACAGAACGACGCGAUGCCUCGAUUGCCUUCGGAAUCACAACUGGAACACCGAGAAUCGGUUGCGAGCAUUAACAGCCCUGCAGGAUCCCCUGCGUCCACCACAAAUCGGGAAUCCGUUAGUCAAACCAACGACCUCGACGCAUCACGUUACCUAGAGCAGAAUGACGUUGAAGAUGAUGAAGCUGUUAUGCCAAAGCUGCCGACCCGAAAACUAGUUCCUAAACUCUCGACGCCUGAAAAGUUGACUGUUAGAAAGAAUCGACGCACAUCGUCUGAUGAAGAAGCCGAUAUUCCCGCAAAAACCCCCUUGAAAAAUAACAGGAAACGCCCAGUGGAGCAAGAAGACUUUGAAUUUGGCAUGCCGUCUCCCCAAGAAGAUGGUGACCCGUUCUUGGGCAACUUGACACCAAUUUCGCCCUUCGAAGAUCACACGCUACACACGCCUCCAUCGACAAAGACUAAGCAACGUCCGCCAAUGAAGAAGAAAUCUCAAGCUGUCUCUGCCAAGACACAAAAAACAGUCAACGUUGCAAAGGUCAAGAAGCGCAAUAAAUCGGCCGAGGUUGAGUCGGACUUUGAGUCGUCGUUUGCGUUGACGGACCAGUCGCGAAUGGACUCGGAGUCGGAGGCUGAAAACGACAUCACGGUUCUAAGCAAUGCCGACGCGAUUCGCUACGACUCGGACAACGACGAAUCCGGGGUCCGUCGAUCAAAACGGCGCAGAAUCAAGCCAUUAGCGUGGUACAAAUGUGAAAGGCCAGUGUACGAACGCCGCCAAAGCGGCGUUGGGUUGAUUUUGCCAACAAUCUCCCACAUUGAGCGCGCUGGCACCAACACGCCGGCAAAGCGCCAGCCGCACAAGUCAUCGCACAAGUCCAAAACGACUCCGUUUCCCAUUGACGACUUACCGUCGGAAUAUUCGUACUUGGCGACCGACACGGGUAACAUUUGGGACGAAUUGAAUAGCGACACCAAGAAAACGCGCGUAAUUGGACGGAGCAAGGCGUCCGAAGUGUUUGCGCUUCCUGGCAUUGAAGGCCUACCUUGCGGUUAUGCUGGCCAAACUUUCAACUUGCCUGGAGGCCCGACCUUACCCACUUGGAUCUCUGGGCGCUUGUUGCUACCUCCGAACGGCGCCAAGCAGCCCGAGUCAGUCGGCAAUUGCACGCAGACAUUUGUUGUCCUGCAGUGCCAACCGGGCUCUCUUGAGGUGGCAUAUGCAGAUCCUUCAGAAGGUUCGUUCGACCACGAGACGGCCCAAAGGUUUCUCCUGAGCCCCGGCGACGAGUACUUUGUCCCGCCCCAGAAUGCAUACUACUUGCGCAACCAUUCCAAGACUGUUGAGGCGGAAGUCCGGUUUGUCAUCAUGAAGCCAUCGCGGCUCCAGCUCGCCACGGCGGAGAAAGCGACCACUAGCUCCAAGAAGAAAACAAAAUAAAUUAGACCCUAGAGCUAAAAAGGAGUGGAAUGUAAAUGGUCCGGCGAUAUCCGCAAGUCCAAAUGGUCGUCGUACGCACACAUGUUGUCAAAGCUAAGGAACGCCAAGUCCACUUGCUUCAAGACAUCCCCGACAUCGGGAUGCUCGAUGAACUUGAGCGUCUUGGCCAGGAGUGCCGUCUCUGGAAUCACAUGCACGGCGGCGUGGCAUGCAUCGCGUUCCGCCAGCGAGUCGCCGACCGAGAUCAAGCUGUGGUUGCCCCACCCUCGUCGAUUCCCGAAACACUUGGAUGCAAUCAUGCCAAGCGUCUCGAGCUUCCAUCGACGCGCGUCGCCCCCGCCGCCAAACGUGCGCUCGAACCAACUUCGAGCGGACACGAUGUGGAUUUCGUCCGACAUGUUCAACAAGUCGUGGACGGCAGGCAUGUACAGCGAACACGCAAUUUCCACCCAUCCGGUUUCGGCAGCAGUUACGACAAAGACCGGGCCGUACGUCAAGGCUUUCGUAAGAAGCGCACAGAUGCGGACUUCGAGCGCCGCGAGUACUUGGCGAUCAACCGCGCUCAACGCAACACUGUGUCCUCGAUACGAGGGAAGCAGACCUUGGCUGUGCAGCCACGUACUUGGACACAACGUGUCGUCCCAAUCGAAGACAGCGACAGUUCUGUCUCGACUAGGGUGCAUCUGGCACUGCUGUUGCGAGUCCCUGAAGCUGUCGUCGUAAUGCGUCGACGGUGGGCGAAGGUGUUCCGAGAACAUGUCGGCAACUCGGGGUUGG